AUGCUGAUUAGACACGCCAAACGUUCUGUUUUUCGGUCGAGACACGACACUGGAGGGUGGGAAUGUUGGCCGCAAUAUUAUUCUAUGAAAUCACUGCCAUUGGCUACUGCUGUCAUAGUUGAAAUUCAAUCCAUAAAAGACUUUUGUUUGAAGACUACAUACGUAAUGACUCAACAGGCAAUGGAAAAUGAAGCUUCCUUUCAACCUUUAAUCAAGGUCGUGGGUAGAGAAAAAAAUAAUUGA